GCCAGGCGACCCCACCAUCCCAUCGCUUCUAUAGCCCUGCCAGGCACACUGUAGCCAUGGUGAGCGAGUCCCCGGGUCCAGGCUCCCGGGUCCCCUGGCGGCCAAGAGACGAGGCCCUGCGUGUGAACGUGGGCGGAGUGCGGAGGCUGCUGAGCGCGCGCGCCCUAGCGCGCUUCCCGGGCACGCGGCUAGGCCGCCUGCAGGCAGCGGCGUCCGAGGAGCAGGCGCGGCGCCUGUGCGACGACUACGACGCGGCGGCGCGCGAGUUCUACUUCGAUCGGCACCCGGGCUUCUUCCUGGGCCUGCUGCACUUCUACCGCACCGGCCACCUGCACGUGCUGGACGAGCUGUGCGUCUUCGCCUUCGGCCAGGAGGCCGACUACUGGGGCCUGGGCGAGAACGCGCUGGCCGCCUGCUGCCGCGCGCGCUACCUGGAGCGGCGGGUGGCGCGGCCCCGCGCCUGGGACGAGGACAGCGACGCGCCGAGCAGCGUGGACCCGUGUCCCGACGAGAUCUCCGACGUGCAGCGGGAGCUGGCACGCUAUGGCGCGGCCCGCUGUGGCCGCCUGCGUCGUCGUCUCUGGCUCACCAUGGAGAACCCCGGCUACUCGCUGCCCAGCAAGCUCUUCAGCUGCGUGUCCAUCGGCGUGGUGCUCGCCUCCAUCGCGGCCAUGUGCAUCCACAGCCUGCCGGAGUACCAAGCCCGGGAGGCGGCGGCCGCGGUGGCGGCGGUGGCCGCGGGUCGCAGCGCCGAGGACGUGCGCGACGACCCCGUGCUGCGCCGCCUGGAGUACUUCUGCAUCGCCUGGUUCAGCUUCGAGGUGUCCUCCCGCCUGCUGCUGGCGCCCAGCCCGCGCAACUUCUUCUGCCACCCGCUCAACCUCAUCGAUAUUGUGUCCGUGCUGCCCUUCUAUCUCACGCUGCUGGCGGGUGCGGCGCUCGGUGACCGGCGUGGAGCCAGCGGGGAGGAACUCGGAGACCUGGGCAAAGUGGUCCAAGUGUUCCGCCUCAUGCGCAUCUUCCGCGUGCUCAAGCUGGCGCGCCACUCCACGGGUCUGCGCUCGCUGGGCGCCACGCUCAAGCACAGCUACCGUGAGGUGGGCAUCUUACUGCUGUACCUGGCCGUGGGCGUGUCAGUGUUCUCGGGUGUGGCCUACACAGCUGAAGAAGAAAACGUGGGCUUCGACACAAUCCCUGCCUGCUGGUGGUGGGGCACCGUGAGCAUGACCACAGUGGGCUAUGGGGAUGUGGUGCCAGAGACUGUGGCUGGCAAGCUGGCGGCCUCGGGCUGCAUCCUCGGGGGCAUCUUGGUGGUCGCGCUCCCCAUCACCAUCAUCUUCAACAAGUUUUCCCACUUCUACCGGCGCCAGAAGGCCCUGGAGGCGGCGGUGCGGAGCAGCGGCCAGCGGGAGUUUGAGGACUUGCUGAGCAGUGUUGACGGGGUGUCCGACGUGUCUCUGGAAACGUCCCGAGAGACUUCUCAGGAGGGGCGCUCUACAGACCUGGAGACCCAGGCCCCCGGUGAGCCUGCUCAAUCUCAGAGUUAUUAAAACUUUGCAUCCCCUCCCCCACGGCCUUGGAUUGCGCUCACAUAGAGCAGAGCCCUCCACUGCUUCCGUUCCGCAUGGGAGUCAUCCACCUGAGCAAUGUAGGGGCCAACGAUCUUUCUCGAAAACCCCAGGGCAGGAUAGUACCGCCCUAACGUUCCCGGAGCCCCCGCAACAACCUCCCCGGAAGUAGGUGUGCACCAAGAGGAGGAAGAGGGCGGCCUCUGCACAAGCCUUUAGCCCUGUGCUGGCAGAUAAUUAUCCCCAUUUCACAGAUGAGGGAAGUGAAGCUCACCUGAAUGUCACAGAACCUCUGUGAAGAAGUCAGCUUUUAGCAAAGUCUGGGAAAGGAGCUGGGGGCGGAAUCCUUGGACAAUCUGUAGCAUCAAUAGCACAAUUACCUUCCACACCCACUUCCCAGGACUGAUUUAUAGAGAAAACCUGAACAGACCCUUCUGGGACCACGACCCAGCUCUAUACCUGCUAUGGGAGAGGCGGCCAACCCCUAUUCCCAGAACUCAAUUCUAGCCAAUCACUCACAACUUGUGACCCAGGGAAAUUCCUGAGGAGGCUCUGCCUUACAGCCAGCUCAGCUCUGAACUGUUGACGGCAGAGGGCUGCUUUGCAUGUUCCUGUCCUGUUUGGUUUUUUCCCCAACUUGACACAAGCUAAACUUACCUGGGAAGAGGAAUCUCAGUUGAGAAAACACCUCCAUCAGGUUGCCUGUAGGCAAGCUUGUGGGAUAGUAUCUUGGUUAAUGAUUAAUAUGGGC